AUGAAACUCGCCGUCUUCAGCGCCAAAUCCUACGACCGGGCCUAUCUCGACGAAGUCCUGUCGACUCGCUUCCCAGACCUCUGCACCAUCGAGUACCACGCCUUUGCGCUGUCCGAAGAAACCGUACCACUUGCUCGCUCCUGCGAUGCCGUCUGCGUCUUCGUCAACGACACCCUCGACGAACCUGUCCUCCGCGCUCUCCAUGCCGGCGGCGUGCGCGCCAUCCUCCUCCGCUGCGCCGGGUUCAACCACGUCCAUCUCACCACCGCCGAAAGUCUGGGCCUCUUCGUCGCCAACGUCCCCGCUUAUUCCCCCGAGGCCGUGGCCGAGUUCGCAGUCACUCUGGUACAGACGUUGAACCGCAAGACCCAUCGUGCAUACAAUCGGGUUCGAGAGGGUAAUUUCAACAUCGAGGGUUUACUCGGGACGACCUUGUGUGGAAAGACGGUGGGGAUCGUAGGCGUGGGCCGAAUCGGUCUGGCGGCGGCCAAGAUCUUUCAGGGCUUUGGAUGUCGCAUCCUGGCGCAUGAUCCAUACGCGGGACCCGAAUUCUCCUCGCAGAAUCUAUGCACGUUGGUCGAGUUGGACACGCUAUUGCAAGAAAGUCAUGUGGUCAGUCUACAUUGUCCCCUGACGGAGGGGACUCGCCGUUUGAUUGAUGAGACGACGCUGGCACGGAUGAAGCCGGGGGCCAUGUUGGUGAACACCUCACGAGGAGGGUUGAUCGAUACGGCGGCGGUGAUCGAAGCGCUCAAAUCGCAUCAUCUAGGGGGAGUGGCACUAGACGUGUACGAGGCGGAAGGGGAGUUGUUCUACAAUGACCAUUCCGGCGAGAUCAUUGACGAUGAUGUGUUGAUGCGGUUGAUGACUUUUCCCAAUGUCUUGAUCUGCGGACACCAAGGGUUCUUCACCCGCGAGGCGCUGACCGAAAUUGCGGGCGUCACCCUGUCCAACUUGGCCGAUUUUACCGCUGGACGCUCUUGCGCGAAUUCUUUGGUGACGGAGGGGCAUGUGUUGGUCCGGCGAGACACUGAUCCCGUCAGGUUGUAG